CAAUCCCCCCAAGAAACUGUCUCCAACCGGUUGGCGUCCCGCGUUCUGGUGUUCAGCGUUCUUAUCAGUGCACAGUGUGCUUGUUCAAUGUCCGCCCACGACCGCUUCGCGACCUCCAGUAUUGACAGGUUCUUCGUGGAUAUUGGAUCGCAAAAAUGGGGCGUCUACCGUGGACGGCUGUACUGAUGGCGGCCAAACUGGUUCUGCUGAAUGCUCAGCUAAACGAGGACUGCACGACUCCGGGUGGACAGCACGGCACUUGCGUUCCGGUGCGGGAUUGCUCCUUCGUGCGGGAGAUCUUCGCCAAGGUUAGUAGCAGGGAGGAUCAGCUGAACGUGCUGCGGUACCGGUGCGGAACGUUGGCUGCUUCGGGGAAGGUUCUGGUGUGCUGUCCGCGGCUUGUGAGUGCCACCGGGUGUGGACGGCUAACGCUUCAGAAUAAGAUUGUUGGAGGUGAGGAGACGGAACCGAAUGAGUUUCCGUGGACGGUGAGGUUGGUGUAUUUGAGGAACGGAGUGCGGCUGUUUAGAUGUGGGGGAUCGUUGAUCAGUGAGUACUACGUGGUGACGGCGGCUCACUGCGUGGUUGAACUGAGGACGUAUGAAUUGAUAGCAGUUCGAUUAGGUGAAUGGGAUACGACAACGCAGGUGGACUGCAAGGAGGAAGACAACGGCGAUAAGACCUGCAACCGGUUUCCUCAUCGAGAUAUCUUCGUGGAAAGGGUUAUCCCUCACGAUCAGUACUCAAGACAGUCCAAGAACCACGAGCAUGAUAUCGCACUGAUAAAGUUGUCCAAGCGAGCUCCAAGUACGGACUCAAUAUCACCGAUCUGUAUUCCGACUGCGGACAUGGCCUCCGAGUUACAGGUCGAUCGGGAAUCCUUUGUAGUAGCUGGCUGGGGAAAGUCCUCCGAUUUUGAUUCAUCCAGCAUCCGGAAGCUGAAGGUAACUCUUCCCGGCCAGCCGAUGAGCAAAUGCACCAAGGCUUACGCCAGCCAGAGUGUGGAGUUCACCGAGAAUCAGCUGUGCGUGGGUGGAACCGCCGGACGGGACUCGUGCCGGGGUGAUUCCGGUGGUCCGCUGAUGGUGAUCAUUGACAACCACUGGCACCUGGCCGGGAUCGUCAGUGUGGGACCGGUGGACUGCGGGACGGAAGGAGUCCCGGGGAUCUACACCAGGCUGGGGAGCUACCUGGAGUGGGUUGCCGGAAGAAUCGAGUUGGAAUCGAACCUGACUGAAGUCUAGUGAUACUAUUAGUUGUAAUUAGUUAUAAAAAUCACAAAACUCACAAUCAAAUUUGAGAGCAUUGUACUCUCAACCGUCUGUUGUGAGAGUAAAAUCUUCAAAAAAUCGUUAAUCAGUGAUAGUUAAACUACAAAAAACUUAGAUUGAUUACAAUUUAAGUGACAAUAUCAAUUAUGUCAAAAAGACAACAUCCUUUCGGAUGUAAUGGAAAAUCGCAAUAAAAAUGUUAAUGGGUUUUCCUAAAUUGCGCCAAAAA